AUGUUGAUUCAAGUUGAACAUCAUGAUAUAUUAGAAUUUGAAAGAAAUACUAGUGAUCAUCAUCAUCAUAAUAACAAUUAUAAUAAUCUUAAUAGAGAUGAUUGGUUUUUUAUCAAUUCAAAGAUUUGUUCAAUGUCUAAUAAAAAUCAUGUUCAAACAUCAAUAAAUUGUAUUCUGAUUUAUUUAACCUUAUUUCCUCCGAAACUAUUAUCUAAAUGUUAUAAAACAAUUGAACGAUAUCAUUGUGCUUACUGGUUAACAAUAAUAUUUUUGACUGUUUCAUGUUGUUUGUAUUAUGAAGAAUUCCACCCUGGUAUUCUACAUUAUUUAAAGAAAUCAGAUAUAAUAACUUAUAUACAGUAUAUUUAUCGAAAUAUUCAUUCUUAUAUAAUGUAUGUGGAUGAUUAUAUCAUAUUUCCUGGAGUAGAAGCUAUGCAAACACCGGCUGGAUUUCCUAAACCACCGGAAUACUUUACAUCUUAUGAACAAAUGAUCGAUUAUUUGGCGGCAUUAAAUCAAUAUUACCAAGUGUUCGGUCGUUCAAGAUAUGGAUAACGUUUUGUGUGAAGAAAUCAAAACUCAUGCUGAAUACUCAUGAUGAUGAUUGUCUGAUUGAUUCUUCAAUAAAGAAAUUCUGCCAGAAAACUAAUACAAAACUCAUGUAUUAUCUAUCAUUCAUAAGUUUCAUGCAAUAAAAAAAUAUUUUGCAAAAAAUAAAAGCGAAAAAAAAAGUGGACUGCAUUUUAUUAUGUUGGUGUGUUGUGUUUUUUUUAUUCAUUCCUAUAGAAGAACAUUUUACGUGAAUCGGAA